AUGGACGAUCGAGUCCCCCACCUCCGCCAACACCAAUCAAUAUACGGAUCAACGCCUCGCCAGCAUCGAAAUCACAUUGUCAUCCCCACUACCACCUCUGGCACAGCAGAUUACCUUCCCGGUACCCUUGCCGCUCACAUCAAGCGGCUCAAUUACAAUGAGGUCCGGUCUCGCAACGAUAGUCAGUUAAAGUCGGACGCCCUCGAGGUUACGAACCUCUUACCCGCAAAACGUGAUCCCAUCCUCCGCCCAGAAACGGCGUGGUCAGGUGCAACCCUGGAACAAAUCAUCAACGAACGAAUCGAUAACAUUAUGUCUGCGCUUAUGCAAGUUGUGGGUGCUCCCACAGAGCAGCCAUGUAUCCCCUGCCAGCGGGACCAUGGCCCAUGGGACACCUGUGUGGUUCUUGAGGGUAACUCAGACCUGACUGCAUGCGCAGAAUGUUGCCUUUGGGGCAACGGCAUGAAUCCCUUGAUGAGGUCUAGCAAACGAUGA